ACGGCAGAGGAGCCCCGGCGACGGAGCGCAGCGCGACUCCGCUAAACUACACGAAAGAACGACACAGGCCGACGGAGGUGUCAUUUUAAGAAAAAAACCCCCCCAAAAAACCCCACGAUUUGCGGGCCUCGACGACGAACAGUGCUGUGACCAUGUAUGAUGAAGCGGGGCUUCCCUCCCCAGAGGGCGGGGCCAACGGCCCCAAGGCCGGCGGGGAACCCGAGGGGCCUGUUCUGGUGAAGGUGGCCCGCCGCGAGCUCCUCCACCACGAGCGCAAGAGGCGGGUGGAGCUGAAGUGUAUGGAGCUGCAGGAGAUGAUGGAGGAGCAGGGGUACUCUGAGGAGGAAAUCAGACAGAAGGUGGGGACAUUUCGACAGAUGCUGAUGGAGAAAGAAGGAGUGAUAACCAGAGAGAGCUCUCACCCACCUCCACCGGUCGCCGUGUUCGCCCACGGUGAUGGCGAAGAUGCCGAGGGCAGAGCGUUCGCCGACGGCUGCAGGGAAGAGUAUGGCUGGCACGGAGACUACUACCGUCCUGACUCCAUCGCCCAUGGCGAGCUCAGGGUGAGGAGGAGAUCCAGCAGCUCACCCUCCCCCCCACCUAAGAAGCGGAAGAAGAAGAAAGGCAGGAGGCGCACCCGGGUGGACAGCUCCUCCCCUGCUCGGCGAGGGAAGAGAAAGAAGAGCAGCAAGAAGCACAAGAGAGACAGGUCCGUGUCUCGGUCCAGGAGAAAGAGGAGACACAGAUCAGGGACUCCGAAGAACACACACAAAGACAAGAACAAAUUGAGGAAGAAGUCUCCAGCCGAGUGUCCCAGCAGGAGACCCCAGCGCAGAGGAAGUUGCAGCUCACACAGUGUCUCCGCCUCCUCUGUCACCAGUGUGUCCAGAUCGCCCAGCAGGUCAAACCCAAAGCACCGCACAGAUGGAUACAAGCCCAGUGGGAGGUCCAGCCACAGUCCGUCUCUCUCCCCUGGCUCGGACCACGCGGCCCACCGGCAGAACGGCCGCCAUGGCGACCGCGUCCGGAAUGGCAAAGACUCCAGACCCAGCCACCUGGAGGGGGAGAAAGUGAACAAUAAGCUACGGUCACUGGCUUCCUCCUCCCCAGCUGAAGCACGGAGGCAGAUAUCGCCCAGUGUAAGGCAAGCAAAGAGCCACGGUGCCCCCUGCAGGAGCCCUGGAGGACUGCAGGCACAUGCCCAGGUUGCUGAGCCAGGGAAGGGGGACCAGAGGCAGCAGAGGGGAGCCAAGCUCCCUCCCGAGUCGUCUGGGAGACGGGGUGGUCGGCAGCGGAAACAGGGGAAGAACUGCCACUCUCCAGACCACAGCAGUGACUCCCAGACUGACCUCCAGCCUAAAGCCAGGAACACGCGUCAGAAAGUGAAAGGGUCUCAUUCGUCCAAGAGGCACCAUCGGGGGAGGGGCUCGAAACGACACCGCAGCACCUCCACGUCCCCGGCUCGGCAUAAACACGCGUCCGGCCGGAAGAAGAGCAAAUCCCGUGGGAGUCUGCGGCACAGAAGCAGCUCCUGGAGCAGUAGCCGCUCCUCGUCACGCUCCAACUCCAGAGAGCACGCUCCCAGCAAGGCCAAGUCUCCACACACGCGCCAGAACAACUCUAGGGAGAGGGACAGCCCGCACUACUCUGAUGCCGAGAGAGCUCGCCGACGUUCCCGUAGUUACUCUCCCAUCCGUAAGAGGAGGAGAGACUCCCCCAGCUUCAUGGAGGCCCGAAGGAUCACCAGGUCCUCAGCAGACAUCAGACACCGGAAUGUUGGCGAGCUGAACUCGGGGUUACCGUGGUAACUGUUGCCGAGCAGCAGGACCCUCCUAGGCCUUGUCUCCUCGGGAACGAGUUUGGUGAAGCAGCGUCCCUAGAGUGCUCUCCCCCUGCAUCCUAACCCCUUUCUUCUUCCUCCCUCUAAUAAAAAGCACUGUAUGUAAUGACUACUGCCAUCCUAUGGACACUAAUUUAACAACACGGUUAAUGGGCAAAGGUGACAUCAAGAGGCUUUGUGAAAGAAAAAACCCCAAAAACCUCCUCUUAUGCAGUUUGUAUAUAGCACAGCAAAAGUAUUACAGGCAUAUAUUUUGCAUAUAUAUUAAAUAUGUUUUACAGAUAUAUAAAAUUAAGUUUAAAUGCAAAAGAUCAAACUGAAUGAUCCAAAAGGUACAAAAAUAUAGAGCAAAACAGUGGGCAUAUGAACUCAUAGUCUUGAAGAUCAAUGUGUGCAAAAGCCUCUUGAUAAACCUCAUCACCCACAGGUCGCUCCGUCUAUCCGUCACACAGUGCUUUGACAGAUUUCUGUCUGGGGAACAGCUCAGUUUGCCAGUAACACAAGCUGAAUGGGUGCUUUGGGGUGACACUCUGUGUGUG